CAGGUUUUCUUCUCCUCCUUUUUCAGUCGCUACAUUUCAGCAAUUCCCACUUGCCCUCUUCUGUUUCAAUCAACGUCCCGCGGUUUUUUUCUUCUUCAGUCGCAGCAGGCGUACUAUCAUUAUCUACUCAGAGCGAAGCCUUGGUCGGUUAUCGGUUGAUAUAGAGUGGUUCAGUCGGUUUGCCUGGCCGUGCGUUGCAGUCAGACUCGUCAUUCUUCUCCCUUUGUACUCCCCUUCCAGACUUGCAAAGACUAAACCCAGAUGUCUCUUUCAUGGGCUUCUUACGUUCGUUUUCCCAUCCAGCUCAUAUCUCCGUCGGCUCAAUCACCCCCGCUUGUAAUCCAAAAACAGACAAGGGUUCUUUUGUUGUUCAAGCUGCAUGGACUCGGAGAUCUCGAAGUGAAGCUGCAAAAAGACCUAACAGGAAAUCAUGGAAACAGAGGACGGAUAUGUAUAUGAGGCCAUUUCUGCUGGAUGUUUUCUUCUCAAGGCGGUUUAUCAUAGCAAAAGUGAUGCACCGGCCAACCAGUAAAGUAAUCUCAGUAGCUACCACGAAUGCCAAGGAUUUGAGGUACUCAAUGCCGUCACUCACAGAUCACGAUGCUUGUCGAGUUGUAGGAAAGCUGAUAGCAGAGCGAUCGAAGGAAGCUGAUGUGUUUGCAAUGUCAUAUGAGCCUAGGAAAAAUGAACGGAUUGAGGGUAAGCUUGGGAUUGUUCUUGAUGCCAUUAAGGAGAAUGGGAUCAUUUUUGUGUAAAAAUUGAUAAUGCACAUCAUAUUCAAGAGCAUCUUUCUGUUGCUAAAUGCUUGCAUGGGCAGUAAGCAUGAUUGAAUUUGGCUUAUGUAUCUCAGGUUUCUAAAUUCCAUGUUGUUAUAUUCUCCA